AUGGACCAACAAGAACCAUCGAAUAACGUAGAUACGAGCAGUAUUCUUUCGGAUGAUGGGAUGGAAACACAGGAACAAAGUUCAUUCGUCACUGCUACAAUUGACCUAACAGUGGACGACUACGAUGAAACAGAAAUACAGGAGAUUCUGGAUAAUGGAAAAGCAGAAGAAGGAACAGAUGAAGAUUCUGAUUUAGUUGAAGGGAUUCUUAACGCUAAUUCAGAUGUCCAAGCGCUCCUUGAUGCGCCAUCUGAGCAAGUAGCUCAAGCUCUUAAUUCGUUCUUCGGAAAUGAGAGUGAACAAGAAGCUGUUGCAGCACAAAGACGGGUUGAUGCGGAGAAGACUGCCAAAGAUGAAGCUGAACUCAAGCAACAGGAAGAGGCGGAAGAUCUUAUUAUAGAAGAUUCGAUAGUCAAAACUGAUGAAGAAAAACAAGCAGUUCGAAGACUGAAAAUCAACGAAUUUUUAUCGUGGUUCACAAGGCUCCUUCCAGAACAAUUUAAAAAUUUCGAAUUCACAAAUCCGAACUAUCUGACAGAAUCUAUCAGCGAUUCACCGGUUGUAAAUGUCGAUAAAUGCAAGGAAAUUGUCAAAUCGUUCAAGGAAAGUGAAUCACUUGAGGGACUUUCACAGAAAUACGAAUUAAUUGAUGAAGACGUGCUAGUCGCUGCUAUUUGUAUUGGCGUUCUCGAUACCAACAACGAAGAAGAUGUCGACUUUAAUGUUCUAUGUGAUGAUCGUAUCGACGAUUGGAGUAUAGAAAAAUGUGUCACUUUUCUUGAUUAUCCAAAUACUGGAUUGAAUUCGAAAAAUGGACCGUUGAGAUUCAUGCAGUUUACUGUCACAUCACCUGCAUCAGCAAUUCUCAUGCUCACUCUGAUUCGAUUACGCGAAGAAGGGCAUCCGUGUCGAUUAGAUUUUGAUUCAAAUCCGACUGAUGAUUUACUCUUGAAUUUCGAUCAAGUGGAAUUUUCUAAUAAUAUCAUUGAUACGGCAGUCAAAUACUGGGAUGAUCAGAAGGAAAACGGUGCGCAGGAUAAAAUUGGCAGAGAGCUCAACGACUUCUUCCACGAAAUCGAGUCAACAUCAGCAGAAUUCAAACAACAUUUUGAGAACGCCGUUGGCAGCCGUAAUGAAAUAAUUCAACUUGUCAACGAGAAAAUUCCCGAUUUUGAUGGCACUGAGGCUGCUGUGAAUGAGAGUUUUACAUCCGAUCAACGAACCGAAAUUAUCAACUCUCGUGCAAUAAUGGAGACAUUAAAAGCCGAGAUGAAGCUCGCCAUCGCCGAAGCUCAGAAAGUUUACGACACCAAGACUGACUUCGAAAAAUUCUUCGUUUUGACAGUUGGAGAUUUCUGUCUGGCUCGCGCCAAUCCUUCUGACGAUGCAGAAUUAACAUACGCCAUAGUUCAGGAUCGUGUGGAUGCAAUGACCUAUAAGGUUAAAUUUAUCGACACAAGUCAGAUCAGAGAGUGUAACAUCAGAGAUUUAGCCAUGACUACGCAGGGAAUGUAUGACCCGAGUUUGAAUACAUUUGGUGAUGUUGGUCUUCGAGUUGCCUGUCGCCAAGUUAUUUCCUCGAGCCAAUUUGGAAAAAAAACAAUUUGGCUUACCGGUACAGCUGCCGGACGUCGCAGAGCUCAUAGAUCCGAUUUUCUAAUUUUCUUCGACAACGGAACCGAUGCAUACGUGUCAGCUCCGACAAUGCCUGGUGAACCAGGUUAUGAAGUUGCUUCUGAAAAGAAAAGUGUAUUUUCUCUCAAAGAAAUGAUUGCGAAGAUGAAUGCUGCUCAGAUUGCUAUUAUGGUUGGACAGCCAGUAGGAAAGGAAGGAAAUCUGGAUUAUUUUUUGACAUUUCAUUGGAUUCGACAAUCUCACAGAUCAGCGUAUAUUCGGGAUUUUAUGAAAGAAUUUCCGGAAUGGCCACUUCUCAAGAUGCCAGUUGGAAUGCGAAUCUGUUUGUACAAUUCUCUUGUUGAUCGACGUAAGAAAAUGGUGACAGUGAUUGGAACUGAUCGAGCUUUUGCUAUUGUGAGACACGAAGCACCGAAUCCAUUGGCUCCUGGGAAUAGAUGUACAGACUUUCCGUGCAAUGAUAGAAAUCAUCAGCAUAUUGACGAGAAAAUCUAUAGAGGAUCUCAUAGAUUGGAAGGCGCAGCGCACAAGAAGCACAUGAUCUCGACAAAUAACAAUCUGUCGCAACGCAGAAAAGACCAGCUUCAAUCACAGUUCGAGCCAACCGACAUGAUUCGUUCGAUGCCAGAGAGGAAUCACCAACAAGUCGUUAAAAAGAAAACGACGGGCACCAAUCAGAAUGUCGCUUCGACAAAUGAUGCAAAAUCGAAGAGAGAAAUUGAAAUAAGAAAGAAAAAUCAAUUCUUAUUUAACAAGAUUAUUGUUCCAAUACCCGUCCUAACACCAUUGGAAAAUCUCAAGGCUCAUGCUCAAUGUGGUCCAGAUUGUCUACAGAAAAUGGAUGCGGAUCCGUAUGAAGCAAGAUUCCAUCGAAAUUCACCAAUACAUACUCCUCUUUUGUGUGGUUGGAGACGAAUUAUGUACACAAUGAGUACUGGAAAGAAGCGGGGAGCAGUGAAGAAAAACAUUAUUUACUUUUCUCCAUGCGGAGCCGCUCUUCACCAGAUCAGCGACGUCUCUGAAUAUAUUCAUGUCACCAGAAGUUUAUUGACGAUUGAUUGUUUUUCAUUUGAUGCACGAAUCGAUACUGCCACUUAUAUUACUGUUGACGAUAAAUAUUUGAAGGUUGCUGAUUUUUCGCUUGGAACCGAAGGAAUCCCAAUUCCACUAGUGAACAGCGUGGAUAACGAUGAGCCUCCAUCAUUGGAAUAUUCGAAACGACGAUUCCAAUACAAUGAUCAAGUGGAUAUAUCGAGUGUUAGCCGAGAUUUCUGUUCUGGAUGCUCUUGUGAUGGUGAUUGCAGUGACGCAUCGAAGUGUGAAUGCCAACAAUUGUCCAUUGAAGCAAUGAAACGACUCCCCCAUAAUUUACAAUUCGACGGACACGACGAAUUAGUUCCUCACUAUCAAAAUCGUCUUCUCAGCAGUAAGGUUAUCAGUGGACUCUAUGAAUGCAACGAUCAGUGUUCAUGCCAUCGAAAGUCUUGUUACAACAGAGUUGUUCAGAACAAUAUCAAGUAUCCUAUGCAUAUCUUCAAAACUGCUCAAUCCGGAUGGGGAGUCCGAGCUUUGACGGAUAUUCCUCAAAGUACGUUCAUUUGCACGUAUGUAGGUGCUAUACUGACGGAUGAUUUGGCUGAUGAACUAAGAAAUGCGGAUCAAUACUUCGCUGAUUUGGACUUGAAGGAUACCGUGGAGCUGGAAAAGGGUCGCGAAGAUCAUGAAACUGAUUUUGGUUACGGAGGAGACGAGUCAGAUUAUGAUGACGAAGAAGGAAGUGAUGGUGACUCCGGUGAUGAUGUAAUGAACAAAAUGGUGAAACGUCAAGACUCUUCGGAGAGUGGUGAAGAAACAAAACGGCUGACAAGACAGAAAAGAAAGCAAUCUAAAAAAUCCGGUAAAGGAGGAAGUGUGGAGAAAGAUGACACCACUCCAAGAGAUUCAAUGGAAAAGGAUAAUAUUGAAAGUAAAGACGAACCCGUUUUCAAUUGGGAUAAGUAUUUUGAGCCGUUUCCAUUGUAUGUUAUAGAUGCAAAACAGAGAGGAAAUCUUGGAAGAUUCUUGAAUCACUCUUGCGAUCCGAAUGUGCACGUUCAACACGUCAUGUACGAUACGCAUGAUCUUCGUCUUCCAUGGGUCGCGUUUUUCACACGAAAAUACGUGAAAGCCGGCGAUGAGCUAACCUGGGACUAUCAAUAUACUCAAGAUCAGACGGCUACCACACAACUCACAUGCCACUGCGGAGCUGAAAACUGCACCGGCCGUUUGCUGAAAAGUUAAAGAAUUGUUGUUAUUUCCUUCCCAGUUAUGUUUUCCUUUUUUUUUAAGUAUUUAUUUAUUUAUUUAAUUUUUAUUUUGUUUAUUGUUCAAUCGUUUAAAAUCUCCCUUUGAAAACAGCAUCUCAUAUGUAUGAUCUAAACACGUAUUUACCUCGUAAGGGUUUGCCAAAUAGUUUCUUUGGUUUUCAUUUUGAUUUUCUCUGCGAAUAAAAUGUUU